CCUACCAAAUAUGGAGAACGCACUGCGGCUCCUCGUUGUGUUCAAGCUCGACAGAGCUGCGGGAGGAACCGCUCGUUUGAUUCCAGUGGGCAUUAUUACUUGUUCAGGGCAACAUUGGGUAGUGCACACUUGUUGCUUGCAUCACAUAACUCAGGAUGUGUAUCACACCAAACUAGUUCCCGUGCAUCGUCUCGAUAUUUAGUAGAGCAUGAAUAAACAGCAUAAAAGUUGCUUGAACUGAAACACUGUAUUGGAUGUUGAUACAUGGUGUCUUCAUCUUAAAAACCACACAGCCUUGAGGAUAUCUACUCAAGCGACCUUUUCUCGGUCAACAGUAGUGAGUGUGUGAGAGUGCUGCUGUUCCGCGCCCGGCAGCACGGGGCGUGGGUCAGGUCUCUCCCUGCUGCGCACUAAAGCGCGUCUGUAGCGUGUAGGCUACAGUGAGGAGAAUCAGCGCGCAACUGUCAACGCGAGUUCGCUCAGCCAUCUCCCGCUAAACUGAAAUGGGGGUCGAAAAGGAGAGAUCAGACACGAGUAUAAUGAUGGACGAAGACGAGUUCAACAGGUCGAUAGAGCCAAUGCUAUCCAAGAAAGGGAAGAUCUACGUGGAGGAGCCGGACCGAGAUCCAAACGACAUAAACGCGCACUUGAAGGUUGGCUUUGACGAUGUGAUCGCAGAGCCGCGCUCCACGCAGAGCUUCGACAAGGUCUGGAUAGGAAGCCACGCUGUGUUCGAGCUCUCCAAAUACGUCUUCUACCGCCUACUGAGCACCCUGCUGGCUAUCCCCAUGGCCUUCCUGCUGGGACUCGUCUUCGGGGUUAUCAGCUGUAUUCACAUAUGGGUUGCCAUGCCGCUGAUCCAGAGCUUCCUCAUGGUGCUGCCGUCCGCCCGGGUGGUGUGGAGGAGUCUGAUGGACAUGUUUGUGUCUCCACUCUGCAACAGCAUGGGCAAGAGCCUGUCCUCAGUGCACGUUGAGACAACAUAUAACUGAACCCCCCCCCCUCCCCUUUCCUCCUCUUCCUCCUCCUCCUCCUCCUCCUCCUUCAGGACCCGACUCAGAACUGGCCCCAGCAGGGGACGGGUUAACGUGGUGUCUGGGCUGUGUGUGAGUCUAUGAGCUGUUUGUAAUGUGCAGCCAGCUAAGUCGUAGCAUGAAGGAUCUAUUCCAUCCCUGAGGAAGGGAGAUACGUUUGCGAAAUAUUUACGUUGCUUUCCUUAUAUGCCCAAUUGCCCAUUAUGACUUUUUGCAGCAUAAUCCACUACUUCCUUUAAAUCCCCUUUCAACAUUUUGGUCAAGAAACAACAAUGAUAUCAUGAGUAUUUUUGGUUAAGACGGAUAACAGUAUGUCAAUACAAGUUAUCAACUCCCCAAGAUUGCCAGUGAUUUUACCUUCUGUGACCAAAAAGUAAAUUCCAGUCAUUCCAUGAGUCGGUGACUUUACAGAGGGGGGGUUUGGGUGUCGGACUACAGAGUAUGGAAGGACAGAGUUCUGCUGUUAGGGAAUCUGAACUGAAGUUCAGUGAAACUGUUAGACAAGAGAGAUUUUAUUUGUACAUGCUGAUCUUGCUUCUUACUUAAAGGAACUAUUGUGCACAUUCUGCGGCUUUUACCGAGAGGUGAAGUGGCUUUAGAGUAGCAUGCUGAAUUCUAGAUGCUAAAAUGCAGCUUUUUUGCACACACAUUUACAGGCUUAUUUUAUGAUCAAUGAUUGUUGGGUGCUGAUGUCACAGUCCGUUGAAAGUGUAAUGGGGCAUUUGAGUUUGAGACAAGGUUACCCUAAAGGUAAAAGAUUUAAAUAUUUCUUAAGAUUUUAUGAAUUUUGUUGAAUGACAUCUAAAGUUUUGAGUUCAUCAGGAUAUUGACUCUUCCUUAAACAUGGCCUUCUAAUUUAUUAUUUUCUACAAACACUACCAAGUCUUAAUUUACCAUAAAGAUUUUAAAAGUACCUAUGGUCUCUAGAUAAUGUGUGUAACUACGGCUUUUUGUAUUUUCUAUGUAACUUGUGUGAUACUGAGCAUCCAGGUACAUUGCGGAUGUUUGCAUUGUGCCGCUUGCUUAUGUAGCUUAUCUGCAGGUAAAGACCAUUCAACAGUCAUCACACAGUGGAAUUAAAACGCUUCCUCCUUGUCGAAGACUAUAUGAGUUGCGUCAGGUAUUUGGAGUUUGUUGUAAUGCAACCCAAGUCUUCCUCCUAUCAGCUGCCACGUGGCACACUUCAAAGAGUGCCUUAGAGUGAUGUUGAUGAUGAUAGAGACACAACAAGUCACAUGUGACAGACCCAGAGGGCUUCCACAUCUCAGACAUGCCUCUUGGACCACUGCCGAGACGUGUGUGUGUGUGUGUGUGUGUGUGUGUGUGUGUGUGUGUGUGUGUGUGUGUGUGUGUGUGUGUGUGUGUGUGUGUGUGUGUGUGUGUGUGUGUGUGUGUGUGUGUGUGUGUGUAAAACCUUCAAACCCUUCACUCCAAUAUUGUCCAAUCUCUCCACAGCAGUGGGUUCAGCUCAUGUAUAAUGUCCGGUGCAUCAUUUUGAGAAUGCAUUUAUUGAAGAACCAAUCCUCAAUAAGCCGAGGGGAGGGUGGUUCCCCCUGACCAAGUGUCUUCCUCCUCAUUGGACAAACUAAAUAUGUCCUGACCAAAAUAAAUAUUUGUAUCAUCAGAAGAUAAUGUGUGACCUCUUCAUUCUAUUUCCUCUCCCCGACAGGAGUGCAUGGUAGGCAUCUUGCUGCCAGAUCGUCUCACAUAAAUCGUGAUUUACGUGAGAUUGCACAAGACACUUUCCUUGACAAAUUGUAGCUCAAUGGAAAAUGACCAGGGGCUUUGCUGCUGGCCCGGCAGGUCUGCGCAGCCUUCUCUGCUCAGCCUGCCUGCUUUGGCUCAUGAGGAUUCCUCAUGAGCCCCCCUGUUAUGCGCUUUGGACUGUUUUGAUUUGUCGACAGUGAUGACGAAUAAGACAGUCAUACAGUAAUUAAACAAUUCAUUAAUCAUCAUCAUGAGGAUUUAUGUUGUUGUUGUUGUUGUUGCUAUGGGGCUGUCGCAUAACACUUUAUUUAUCCCAGAAGUAAAAUUCAGGAAAAUGCUAAAUUGAUGAUUAGUAUAAACAUUUGAAUAUCCUCAACAGCCAUAUUGCAUUUCAUACCCGGGUUAAAAGCACAACAGAGUAUGCACACCGCGAGUCUAUAUGGAUCAUAACCCGGGCGUUUCC